CAGAGCAGUUCGAACUUACGUCUUACGUUAACAUACUUUAUAUCACAGCCACAACGGAUCUGAUGUCAGCUUUUUUGCCACCACUUGCCUUGGCCUUCAUCGCAAGGAAAUGCACUACUUGAAUUUUCCACUUUUGUAAGCCAAUCAUUGUGCAGAUGCCCAGUCAUGCCCAUGGUAAUGCUCGUAUGUCAUCAUAUAUUUCGAUCAGAGACAUCUCCUACUGUGUACAAGCCACCAUUGACUCAAGAUGAACUGGCUGCAUUGCUCAUCCAUAGCAUUCUUGUGUGCAGUUUCCCUUGUUUGCCAAAGGGUGUCCAGCAUAGAUAUGGAGCUCCAUGUCAGACCUGGAGACGACAUCAUCUUGUACUGUGAUCGCGUCAAGAAAACUGGAUCAGAUAUUGUGUGGUUCCGAGGCUUUUCUGCAGAUGCGCAGACAUGUACUAAUAUUUCGGUUAUGGAGGCAUACAGAAACCAAGUUUACAAUCUAUCUGCCACGAGUCACUUAACUCCAGUGUGGAAUGCUGUGAAUCAAUCUUAUGAUCUUGAAAUCAACGGCGUGAGAGAAUUGGACCGUGGGCUUUACUACUGUGCCAGUGAGGACAAAGUGAGGCCACUUCAAAGUGAGACCGUGGCAUGGAGGAAAGUCUAUAACUUCAGCAAAGAUGCCAUUUGGGUCUCUGUCACAGGCAGCUGCGUGACACUAGAUGCUGUUCCCACUACCUGUAGUCCUUUUCCCUGGGAGUGUGGUCAGUGCUGGGUGGUGUUGGUCAGCCUGUGUCUUGCAUGUGUGCUCCUGUCUGCUGUCAUCUCGUCGGCCUGUGUGUAUUGCCUCUGCAGCAAAACUGACAAAGGAAUAACUGAGUCUGGGCUCCCACAGAACAGGACUGAUAUGCAAGUGAAUAGAAACCGGAGACAGAUUGAGGAUGGGGACCUGUGCUAUGCUUCACUGAAUCUUCCUAUUGUGAAAAACAAGCAAAGACAGAAUAAGAGAACUCAUAACUCUGAUUUCACUUACUCCCAGGCAGCUGACCAGUCCCUCAAGAGGUUUGCAUGA